GGAAAGGGGCGGGGCUUGGGGUGAUUGACAGGUGGGGCGUGAGGGGCGGGUGAUUGAUUGACAGGCGUGUGGGUGAUUGAUUAGGCUGACUAAUCGAUUGAUAAUUAGAUUGAUUGAUUGAUUAAGAGGCAUGGCAAUACGGGAUUGAUUAGGCAAAUAUUGAUUGAUUGAUUGAUUGAUUAAGGGGCGUGACAGAGUGAUUGAUUAGGCAAAUAUUGAUUGAUUGAUUGAAUAAGGGGCGUGACAGAGUGAUGGAUUAGGCAAAUAUUGAUUGAUUGAUUGAUUGAUUAAGGGGCGUGACAGAGUGAUUGAUCAGGCAAAUAUUGAUUGAUUGAUUAAGGGGAGUGUCAAUGGGGGAUUGAUGGAGCUGCGGGUGAUCAGAUCAAUAGGAAAGGGGCGUGGCAAUGAGUGUUUCAUUAGGCAAAUUGCUUGAUGGUAUUGAUUGAGCGUGGGGUGAAAAGGGCAGUGCCACAGGUGAUUGAGAGGGAAAUUGCCGAAUGAUUAAGUGAUUGAUUACUUUGAUUGACAGGCAGAGGAUUAAAUGAAUCGCAGAAGGGGCGGGGCAACGGAUGAUUGACACUAAAUUAUGCAAAGUGGGCGUGGCAUCGAGUGAUUGACAGCACGUUUAACUAUAGACUGAUAAAUAGUGGGCGUGGUUUGUGGGCGUGGCUUACUGGUUGAUUGACAGCUGCGUGCCGCGGCCAACGAAACCUCGCGAGAUUUCCCGAGAUUUGGCGCCGUUCCCGCCCUUUUUCCCCUCCCACCCAACAUGGCGGCGCACGCGGGGUCCCCCCCCGGGCCGGGCAUGUCGCGACAGUGGCGACAAUCGCGACAGUCGUGGCCUCGCCUCGAUCCCGACACCGCCGAGUAUUUCCGGAGGGCUCUGGAGACGCUGGAGGAGGGGCUGAGCGAAGAGGAGCUCGCUCUCUUCACCCCCAACGUGCUCUCCGAGGUCUCCCAGCACCUCCCCGCCGUGGCCCUGGACCCGGGGGGCUCCCGCCUCCUCCUCCUGCUGCUCCCCCAGACCCCCCCGACCACCCUCCCCACCCUCCUGCUCCACUUGGGGGGCGUCCCCCGCCACCCCCGGGGGUCCCGGGUGCUGGAGGCCGCCCUGGGGAGGGUCCUGGGGGUGCUGGGGGAGGGGCGGGGGGUGGGCGAGGACCUGGAGGGGGCUUUGGGGGGGCUGGUCCGGCUUUUUCUGGAGCAGGAUUUGGGGGGCUUGGCCCGGGACCCCAACGGCAGCUUCGUGCUCCGGGCGCUGCUGGCGGUGCUGGGGGGCGGCAGGGACGAAGUCCCUCCCCCCAAGGGGGCGGAGCCAAAGACAAAGAAGGCGGAGCUAAAGGCGAAGGGGGCGUGGUCACUGCCCGAGGGGGCGGAGCUUCCGCCCUCCUUCCGCCCCCUGCUGGAGGAGCUGGCGCAGGAGUUGGAGCAGCAAAUUCCAGCGCUGCUGAGCCCGGCCUGCGCCAGCCUGUGCCUGCAGGGGGCGCUGGGGGCGCUGCGCCGCAGCCAAUCACCGUCCUGCGCCCGCUUCUGCCGCGCCCUCAUUGGCUGCCUCCGCCAGCCCGACCCCGCCCACCAGCAAAGCGCUCUGCUGACGUCACUGCAGGACCCCGCCCGGUCCCGCCUCCUGGAGGCGGCCAUGACAGUCCUGGACCCGCCGGGGCUCCGGGAGCUCUUCCGGGGUCACCUGCGGGGUCACCUGAGGGGCGUGGCCUCCCACCCCGUGGCCAAUCACGGCCUGCAGCGCCUCCUGGACCACGCCCCCGAGGAUGUGGUGUCGGAGGUGCUGUCGGAGCUGGGCCCCGCCCUGGAGGAGCCGCUGGCCCGGGGGCACCCCGGGGUGGUGCUGGCGCUGCUGGGAGCGGCCCUGCGGCACCCCCGGCUCCAGGGGGAGGCGCUGCGAUGGCUCUUCCAGGCUUUGCGCUGCUGGGCCCCGCCCCACCACCCCCAUUGCGUCACCGCCCUGGCCAAGCUCCGCCCCCUGGAGGGCGGGGCCAGCGAGGAGGGGGCGGUGCUUGAGCCCUCCCCCGCCGGUUCCCGCGCUCUGCAGCUGCUGCUGCGCUUCCGCUGCUCAAGCCCCGCCCCUUGCCCCGCCCACAAUGCGCCAGGCCACGCCCCCAGCGAUACCCUCAAUGGGACAGACCACGCCCCCAAUGUGCCAGACCACGCCCACACCGCACCAAACCACGCCCACUGCAAUGCACUCAAUGGGUCAGGCCACGCCCCCAGCGCCACAGGCCCCGCCCCCCUGCCAGGCCCCGCCCCCAUCUCGCGGGCGCUGGGGGCGCUCUCUGGCGCCGCCCUGGUGGCGCUGGCGCGCAGCGGCCCCGGCAGCCGCCUCUGUGACGUCAUUUUGGGCUCCAAACCGGCGCGGAAAUGGCUCCUGAAAAGGCUCAAGGGUCAGUGGUUGGGGCUGGCCCGGGACCGGUUCGGGAGCCGAGUGCUGGACACGGCGUGGGCCAAUGGAAACCCCCGGCAGCGAGUCCGGCUGGCCACCGAGCUGGCCCCCCACGUGCCGGCGCUGCUGCGGGACCCGUUCGGCCGCGGCGUCGUUCGGAAUUUCUCUCUGGAGCUUUUCCGGAGGGAUCGGCCGCAAUGGGAGCGGCUCCAGAGGGGGGCGGGGCCAAAGGGGCGUGGCUUCAUCCUCUGACCACGCCCCCACCCUUAUUCCCCGCCCCUCAUUUGCAUAUUUAUAAUUAAAAGGUUUGUUUUGGUUU